CAGUGUGUCACUAACAGACGAAAUCCUCCUACUAAGAACUUCACUAUAUCAGACACUAACAGCAAUCAGUCUCUCACUCCCCACCGCAUCAAUCAUAUUGCAGAAAAGCACCCAAAACUCAAACCGCCAUUAUCAGCUUUCUCCAAUAUGCAGCGUUUUCCGCCAUUAACAUACCUCUUCGUCUUCUUCCUGUCAAUAUCUUCAAGUAUUUUCGAAGUAGCGGUUUCGGAAGAAGGUUUUUGCUCAGCUCCAAGUUCUGUUAUUAAUGGCGGAAAUUCGAGAGGUUUGUACUGGAAAGUUAGUAACCCCACUCUCGCACCUGUUCAUCUCGAAGAUUUACCUGGGUUUACUAGAAGUGUUUACAGAAGAGAUCAUGCUUUGAUUACCCCUGAAAGCCAUGUGUUGAGCCCUCUUCCUGAGUGGAAGAAUACUUUGGGAGCACAUUUGAUAACACCAGCAAUGGGUUCACACUUCGUCAUGUACAUUGCCAAGAUGCAAGAUAGUUCAAGAUCAGCACUACCUCCUGUUGAUGUUGAAAGGUUUAUUUUUGUGGUUGAUGGAGCUGUCACUUUGUCUAAUGGGUCUGAGAAUAGUCACAACUUAAUGGUGGAUUCAUAUGCUUAUCUGCCUCCUAAUUUUCAGCAUUCAAUUGACAGUGGUGCAUCUGCUACUCUUGUCGUUUUUGAACGAAGGUAUUCUUAUCUAGGUGAUUAUCUUCCUGAGCUGACAAUUGGCUCAACAGAUAAGCAUCAACUUCUUGAAAUUCCUGGCGAGAUUUUUGAGCUCAGGAAGCUUCUUCCAACAUCAACGGCAUAUGAUUUCAACAUCCACAUCAUGGAUUUUCAGCCUGGUGAAUUUCUCAACGUGAAGGAGGUACAUUACAACCAGCAUGGUUUAUUACUUCUUGAGGGUCAGGGAAUUUACAGAUUGGGGGACAGCUGGUAUCCUGUUCAAGCAGGCGAUGCUAUAUGGAUGGCUCCAUUUGUGCCGCAAUGGUAUGCCGCCCUUGGGAAAUCCAGGACACGUUAUCUGCUGUACAAAGAUGUAAACAGGAAUCCUCUGUAAUGAUGUUUGGGUGACGUGAGGAGAACACAUAGUGAUGGAUUUUCCGCAUUCAUGUGAAAGUCCAUUUUUAUGAGGGCAUGGUCAAGUGUGUACAUGAACCAAUGAGCUAAUGCAUAAUAAAGAUUUGUAUAUGUGAUCACCUUCUUGUUAUUGCUUUGAAAUAAAUGAAAGUUAUGUUUCCAAAA